AUGACUUGCAGUGUAGUGUAGCCGGAGCGCGAAACGGUGCACAGUAUAUCUCUUCAUAGGUGCUAGCGGUGCGGGCUGGAGUCAUGGCAACGGCCAUCGUCAAAGAGACCGCAAGCAUAAAGCAAGCGGUGUCCAUUAUGAAUGCAAUGGAUGGAGGGAAAUUUCCUAGACUGCUGUCCCGGAUCCUCCAAAAACUUCAUUUGAAGGCUGAAAGGACUUUUAGUGAAGAAGAGGAGGAGAAACUUCAGGCUGCAUUUUCCUUGGAUAAGCAAGAUCUCCACUUAGUCUUGGAGACGAUAUCCUUUAUUUUGGAACAGGCUGUGUAUCAUAAUGUGAAAACAGCGGCUCUCCGUCAGCAUCUGGAGAACAUCCAUCUUGACCCGAGUAAAGCGGAAGCGUUUGCGAUUUCCUGGGAGAAUGCAGGGCAGGAAACUGUGGAAAAGUUUAAGCAAAGGAUUCUGGCUCCCAAAAAGCUGGAGACGAUUGCCUGGCAGCUCAGCCUCCAGAUGGCUCAAUCCACCCAAGCAAAAAUGAAAUCUCCCCAGGCUGCGAUAGAACUUGGAGUUAGCACCGAAGACACAAAGGAUCUGGAAAAAGUGUUCGUGGAAUUUAACCACCAGGAGCUGUUGGAGUUCUAUAACAAGCUGGAGACUAUCCAAGCACAGCUGGAUUCCCUUACGUGAUGUCUUAAAGACGGGUUCCUCCACUGCACUCCUGCCACCUCAUUAUUUUGUAUUGAAGAUAGAUUGGAAAGCUGUGUUUGCUAAAGAAAUCAAUGGGCUGCUUCCUGUUAAAAUUAUAUGGCUUAUCUACACUUAGACUAGCAACAUUAGCCAAGGGAUAUCAGUGUGAAGAAUGCCUACAGCCUAAUUUCCUUUCUGGUCAAAUUUUAUGAAUACAAGUUACAUUAGGAAUCCAUUUAAUAAUACAGAAAACAGAAGCUUAUUCUUCUAUUAUUGCAAGACAAAAGAAUAUUCAUCACAAUUAUUUCCAUAUAAAGUACAUAAGGCCAAUAUUUACAAAGCAUUGCCCUGGUUUUCAUGGUUACCAUAUCACAUUUAGAUAUCUUCUCUGAUUAUUCUUUAUAAAUAUGGCUCAGUGUCUACAAUAUAUAUAGGACAGAAGAGUCAAAAGGUUGCUCUCCAACUACUAGAACUCCCACAAAGUUCUGCCAGCAAGUCC